AUGGCUGGGAAUCCCCCAUCUCAGCCAGAGAAAUCAGUGUCAGCACAAAACAAAACUAGUUCCGAAACAUCCCCAUGCCGAAAGCGACUCCGACACGAUGCCUAUACCAUCGGGUGGGUGUGCGCCCUUCCAAAGGACUACCCAGAACGAAUCUACUCAACCCCGAAUCAGAUUGAAUAA